AUGUAUGUUGCAGCUAUUGGUCGACUGAAGGCGUCGUUCCCCGGUUCAAGUGGCCUGCGCAAGUUAAGCUCGUCACCACACCUGCUGGGUAUUUGUGAGGAAACGGAAGAAUUUGAAUUUGACAAAAGUGCGGAACAGCGCCAGUCGGCAACUCGACGUAGUAUUUCUGGCGCACUGGUCUCACAGCCACCGAAGCCAAGGUUGUUCACGCAGUCAAAGGUGAUUUUUAAAAAAUGCAUGAUGAUCAGAAUUAGUUCUGCCUGCACAAAAAACCAACAACAAGCAUCGGUCCGGCUUUUUGCUCUUUUUGCCUUCUAA